CCAACUCACCUGCCUCACCUGCCUCACCUGUCUCACCCACGUCAUCUACGUCACUUGAAAUUUGCCGUCUAGUUUUGCACCACCUUCGUCAGCUCAUACACUCCACCUACAUCACCUUCGUCAGCUCAUACACUCCACCUACAUCACUUCACCUAAUCAGUAGUCUUCGAUUCUGCCCUCUCCGCCGGCUCGCUCACCUGCCCGCCCGCCCGUCUCUCCACCUGUUCACGACUGCAUUCCCGUUCUCGUUCCUACCCAACAGUCAAGCCGUCUCAGCAACGAUGGCUGAUGACCGUGCGGCCGCACGAGCGAGAUGUCUCAAUCGCACUAUCAACAGUAUCAAAACCCAUUUGAAUCUAACCGGCGGUACAUAUGACAAGCCUGCCGAUAUCAAACGUGCAAUUUUGCAGCAAUUGAACGCAUUGUCAGAGGACGUCAACCACCCAUUUGAAUGGCCAAAGAACGCCCCUUUCAAACUUACGCCACCAAAGCAGGAAUCGGCGUUUUCUGUGGCCAUAGACCUGAUUGCAGAUGAGACUCUAUCAGUUCGAUCACAACCCAGACCGGUCGCGCCAACACCGCCUGUCAACCCAAACACGAACACGAACAAGACGCCGAUCACCGCACCGACUCCGCGUGUAACUUUUCCCUCCUCCACCACACCAGCUGUGCCUGUCGUCGCUUCCACGACGCAGCCCAGAAAGUUUGGCCAUGUCGGGCCACAUACACGCAUGACGCCCGCCAUGAAAGACCAGCUGACUGGGAACAAAGGAUGCUGGUAUUGCCGUCAGGUUACCGACCCUCCGCACAUGGCAUCGAAUUGCCCAAAGAAGCCCCAAUCCGCCAACGCUUCCACUCAAGCUACCACCCAGCGAGCAAAGAACUCUCGCCAGAUCACACAUGAAGAAGAGGACGAAGACUACGGCCCGAUGCCUAGUAUUGAGGAACUGGAUGCAGCCGAGCAGUCUGUCUUGCGGCAAGAGGAUGAUGUCACGAGGAUAUCCCGCACGAUACGACAGAGGCCAAGGGUACAUGAAGAUGAAGACGAACACAACUCCGACAACGAGGUACUGCCGCCGCCACCAAGGAAGAAAGCAAAGAAUGCGGCUUCAUCAUCAUCAACUUCAUCAUCAUCAACUUCAUCAUCAUCAACUUCAUCAACAACUACCCCCGGGCUUGACAACAUCGGCAACGCAAACCAAGCGAUGAUGGCUGGUAUUCACAACGCAACCUUUCAAGUAACUGAGAAUUGGGUCCAUAUGAAGUACGACGACAUCACGCUCACUUACAACGUAUUCUCGGGCUGUGUUUAUUUGCGACCAUUUCUUAGUGUUUUGUUCGGUAGCAAUGAUACCCGGAAUCGAGCUAGGUCCUUAUUGAAUGCAACACCUCAUUCGCCUUCAGAAUUAUGGAGAGCGACGCCGAAUGGCUGGAUAUCUGUCACUUUCCCCUUACUUGCCCGUAUUGUCAAUCACAACGUCAAGGCGCAAUUUCCUGCUCAGGUCUUAGCUGCUCUAUAAGACGUUAAUUCUCCAGAGCGUGCAUCCCUCGGUGGAAUGCAAUGUUCGUGUGACUUGGCAAUAUGGGCUUGUAUAGCCAAUCGGGUUCACAUCCUAGGACUGACUUAAGAUGUGACGAGCGAGAGGGCCAGAAAGUUCUGGGAAACUCUCCAUCCCCGCCGAUGUUGCUCAACGCAUCGCCAACGUACACGGGUUUGGUGAGAUUGUCCAGUACUUGGUCUCACUUAGCGACGAGUACUCAGUAGAACGCAUGCAGUAAGACACUCCACCACCUCAACAGACACCGAAGAGAAACUCCUAUGGGUGGU